AUGGACCAGAACUGUUGCGUCGACGCCGGUCACCACCGCACGGGCACGGGCAUGGCUUAUUGCCAACAGUACAUCUCAAACUGCAACACUGUGGUGUUGAAUGGCAUUUUGCUGCCUGCUCCGUUGGGUUAUGGUAGCAGAUAUUUUGUUCUCUUCAAUAUAAAGGCCAAAAGAAUCCCGAUAACCUUAUUUUGGUCGGUUCCUAACAUAACAAACAUUUGUCAAGACUGUGAGCAAAAAGGGCACCCAUGCGGAUUCAGCUCACAACGCAGGCAGGCAUUCUGCAAGCACCAAGGCUCACGGUGUGAAAUUGUUGCUACAACAUCAUCGGCGGCCACAUUUGUGGUUCUCUUGUUGACGGCAGCCACUGCACUAUAUCUAUCCCUAAAAUCAAAGGCUGAUGAAGAGAUACGUUUGAAAAUAGAAACGUUUCUCAAGGCAUACGGCACAUCAAAACCAACAAGGUACACGUUCUCGGAAGUUAAAAAGGUAACAAGACGAUUCAAAGAUAAACUGGGUCAGGGUGGAUUUGGAAGCGUAUACAAAGGUCGGUUGGCAAAUGGAGUACCUGUGGCAGUAAAGAUGCUGGAGAACUCGAACAGUAAUGGACAGGACUUCAUAAAUGAAGUUGCAACCAUUGGUAGAAUCCACCAUGCCAAUGUGGUUCACCUUUUGGGGUUUUGCUCCGAAGGAACAAGGCGUGCUCUUAUUUACGAAUUCAUGCCUAAUGAAUCACUUGAGGAAUAUAUAUUCGCACAUGAAUCUGAUAUUUGCCGAGAACUAUUAACACCUAACAAAAUGCUUGAAAUAGCAUCGAGCAUUGCACGAGGAAUGGAGUACCUGCAUCAGGGGUGCAAUCAGCGCAUCCUCCAUUUUGGCAUCAAGCCUCACAACAUCUUGCUAGAUUACAGCUUCAAUCCAAAGAUUUCAGAUUUUGGGCUUGCAAAGCUGUGUUCAAGAGAUGAAAGUAUUGUUACACUUACCGCAGCUAGAGGAACACUGGGCUACAUCGCCCCAGAAUUAUAUUCUCGGAACUUUGGGACAGUUUCCUACAAGUCAGAUGUUUAUAGCUUUGGCAUGGUAGUGCUGGAAAUGGUGAGUGGUAGAAGAAACUCAGAUCCAUGGGUUGAGAACCAAAACGAGGUGUAUAUUCCAGAGUGGAUAUAUGGGAAAAUAAUCACUGGGCAAGAACUGGAAUCAACUAGGCAAAUGACGCAAAUGGAGAAUGAUAUAAUGAGAAAGCUGGCCAUUGUGGCAUUAUGGUGCAUCCAGUGGAACCCAAAGAAUCGCCCAUUGGCAGCAAAAGUGAUGAACAUGUUAACAGGAAGCUUGCCCAGUCUAACAAUGCCUCCCAAGCCAUUUGUUUCGUCUGCAGGUCACCCUAUACUGCAAGCAUAG